GGUGAGAAGAGAGUGCCAGUGAUGCCCGGAUCGCCCGUGGAAGUGAAGAUACAGUCCAGGUCUUCUCCUCCCAACAUGCCGCCACUGCCCCCUGUGAACCCUGGUGGCCCCCGGCCGGUGUCCUUCACCCCGACUGCACUGCCCAAUGGAAUAAAUCAUUCCCCCCCGACGCUGAAUGGGGCACCAUCCCCACCCCAGAGGUUUAGCAACGGUCCUUCCUCCUCCUCCUCCUCCUCGCUGACAAACCAGCAGCUCCCGGCCACAUGCGGUGCCCGGCAGCUCAGCAAGCUGAAGCGCUUCCUCACUACCCUGCAGCAGUUCGGCAACGACAUUUCGCCAGAGAUCGGGGAGAAGGUCCGGACCCUCGUCCUGGCGUUAGUGAACUCAACGGUGACAAUCGAGGAAUUUCACUGCAAGCUGCAAGAGGCGACGAACUUUCCGCUCCGGCCGUUUGUGAUCCCCUUUCUGAAGGCCAACCUCCCGCUGCUGCAGAGAGAGCUGCUGCACUGCGCCCGGGCUGCCAAGCAGACGCCCUCCCAGUACCUGGCGCAGCACGAGCACAUCCUGCUGAACACAAACACCACGUCCCCCGCUGACUCCUCCGAGCUGCUGAUCGAGGUGAACGGGAAUGGGAAGAGGCACAGUCCGGACAGAAGGGAAGACAGCAGCUUUGAGAGGGAGCCGCUGCCGACGGAGCCCCCGGCCAAGAGGGUGUGCACCAUCAGCCCCGCGCCCCGGCACAGCCCUGCCCUGACAAUCCCCCUGAUGAACCCCGGGGGGCAGUUCCACCCCACCCCACCGCCCCUCCAGCACUACACCUUGGAAGAUAUCGCGACCUCCCACCUCUACAGGGACCCCAGCAAGAUGGUGGAGCAUAGAGAGAUUCGGGACAGGCACGGCGGUCUUGGUUUGAAUGGAGGAUACCAGGACGAGCUGGUGGACCACCGCUUAACGGAGAGAGAGUGGGCUGACGAGUGGAAGCAUCUCGAUCACGCACUGAACUGCAUCAUGGAGAUGGUGGAGAAAACCCGGCGCUCAAUGGCCGUGCUGCGGCGCUGUCAGGAGGCCGAUCGGGAAGAGCUCAACUACUGGAAGAGGCGGUGCAGGGAGACGGCCGAGCCGCGGGAGGGGGGGGGCGGGGGCCUCUCCAGGGCGCACAGCCCCAGCAGCUCCGACUCCAUCGGCAGUGAUUCCUUGCGGGAGUUCAGCAGCAGGUCGGGAACGGGCUACGUCACUGAAGAGAUAUGGAAAAAAGCUGAAGAAGCCGUGAAUGAGGUGAAGCGCCAGGCCAUGUCGGAGGUGCAGAAAGCGGUGGCGGAGGCCGAGCAGAAGGCGUUUGAGAUGAUUGCCUCCGAGAGGGCUCGGAUGGAACAGACCAUCGCGGACGCCAAGCGCCAGGCCACUGAGGAUGCUUUCUUAGUGAUAAAUGAACAGGAGGAGUCUACGGAGAGUUGCUGGAACUGCGGUCGCAAAGCCAGCGAGACGUGCAGCGGCUGCAACAUCGCCCGGUACUGCGGCUCCUUCUGCCAGCACAAGGACUGGGAGAGGCACCACCGAAUCUGCGGCCAAGGCCUGCACGGCCAGAGCAAGCCGCUGGCUCUGCCCACGGGCCGAUCGGCAGCCGCCGCCAAGAGCCUUGAUGGCGUGCCCAGCCCGGCCCUCGAGAAGACUUCGGCGACCACCUCCCGAUCCUCCACCCCAGCAUCCGUGACAGCAAUAGACACGAACGGGCUCUAAAGGGGAAGUUUUGGUUCGGCCCAUUUGAUUAGCUUCUCUGGGUUUUUUUUUUAAGCCGAGAAAACCCCACAGCAACUUGUAUCACUUGACACAUUUGACACAUCGCGUCACCUCCUCGGAGCGCUGACGCUCGGGCUUUGCCAUCUCAUUCUGCCUUUUUUCUUUUGUGGCUCGUGAAGAACUGUGGCCGGCCUUGCCCGUGGUGCCUCCGUGCCCCUCUCUCUGCAGGGGGGUACCAGAGCAUCAUUCGGGACCUGGAGGAGGCCGGGCACUCGCUCGGGGGGACCUGGACUCGGUGGAGAGCACUGCCGGCACACACGAGAGAUGCUGAGCCCCGUCCUCACGGGUCAAACGUGCUCAAGCUCCUUUCCUGAGGUGUCUGAGCCACCGCCUCCUUCAGCUACCUUUCUUCCAUAAUAUGCAUCUAUUUUUUUUCCUUGCUCCCAGACAGUGGUGUCUCAGAUGGCCGUGCUGGCCGGUUGUUGCUGUGAACAGACCGGAGCCGAUUUCCCAGCAGGAGCAUCUCGUCCUCUAGUGCAAUGGCAAAAGCCGAGCCCUCUUCUCUUCUCCUGCCUGCAGGUUGGCAGCUGGUGACUGCAGAGAGGGAGGAGAGGAUUCGUCUGCUCUAAACCAAAUGUCAGUACCAGGGAAGUACGGACGGCCGCUUCUGGGUGGCCUGGUUUUAAUCCCGUUCUGUGACGGGACAGCUAGUUGUGUGUUACCCCGGGUGGGACCUUUCCUGGGGGAAGGUGCAGAGCGAAUCUGGAUUGGUUGCGGGCGGUUAUUGCCCUUUCCACCUGGGUACCGUUAUUUUGCUAUGCAGAAAGCGGUUUUUUUUUUCACUGCAUGGAAGUUGUUGGUUUGAGAGUUACUGCCGUUGUUUUUAACCACAGAGAUCCUCACGCGAUUGCGAUGGGUUAUUUAUAGUCUGUUCUCUCCGUGUGCAUUGGCCAAACUGUUAAAGUGAAUGCAGGACUUGGUGUCCUACAUUGGUUCUUACGCCCCAGCCCCGGGGGGCUCCUGCGGUGCUGCUCCGACGCCGGCUGCGCUCCUCUCCCCAGAGAUGCCCAGGGGUGCGCAGCCACCACCGCCUCGUCGGGCCUUCGGAGACCGUCCCGGGCCCGCAGGCUCAGAGAGCGAGGUCCCACGGGGACGCCAGGGUCAGCCUGGGGAGCCCCAUCGCUCGGAGAGUCCCUGCUGUGGCGUGGAAGGAGGGAUUCAGGGCAGUGCAAACCCUAUAAUCGACACCGACCCACAGAAGGGCUGUUUCGGGGUGCAGCGGGGCUCAUCUUGGAUGCUUGGUGGAGGUCAUCAGAGGCGCAGCCCGGGGGAGGGAUGGGCACGUGCCCUCUGGGGAGCCGCACCGAUUUCCCACGCUGCACACAAAUGGGCUCUAGAAAACCAUCUAUUCAGCAAAGCCGUGUUUCCGUGACUGUUUCUGUGCGAUUGCUGGGCUGGAGCCCAAUGAGGCGAGUAAUUCCCAAAUUAUUUUUGAUCACUUUUUCAAUUGGAGGCGAAUAAUAGAGAUGUAAUGAAUCGUCAUUGAUUUUGCAGUGCUGUAGUGGCUGCUGGCUGCCCGGGGAUAAACGAGCGACCCACUGAACCAGCUUUGUCCCUUAGGGAAAGCUGUUUCGGAAGCUGCUGUCGUGGGAUAGAGCGGGCGAUUCCUGUGUCUGCAAGGUUUUAUUAUGCA